AUGAAACAACCCUUUGAAAAGAACCCCGUACGCGAACCACACCACGAAGAAAAUGAACAAAUUGCAGCAUCUGUUCCCAACAAUGCAGAGGAAGAUACGAACGCAGGGCAACACUUCAGCGGCGCAAAGCUGUACAAUCUUCUCGCCGCCCUGAUGCUUGCCAUGCUGUUGCUUGGCCUAGACAUGAAUAUCGUCGCAACGGCCGUCCCGUCCAUUACCGAACACUUUCAUAGUCUCCAGGACGUUAACUGGUAUGGAUCAGCUUUCCUGCUCUCCUUAUGUGCCCUUCAACCCCUGGCCGGAAAGCUUUACGUUCUAUUCCCUUCAAAGCCAGUAUAUCUCAUCUUCAACUCCGUAUUCUCUCUGGGAAACCUCGUAUGCGCCCUCUCAAACUCCAGUCACAUGGUAAUUGCGGGAAGAACGUUGGCUGGCGUCGGUGCCUCCGGUCUUACAAACGGUGCGCUGGUGAUUCUGACAGCAGCUACACCACCAAAUCUCCGGCCACUAGCCACCGGCAUUGGAAUUUCCAUGAUUUCCAUUGGAGGCAUCAUUGGGCCAUUAAUCGGAGGAGCCUUGACACAGCAUACUGGGUGGCGAUGGUGCUUCUGGAUCUUUCUUCCUGCCUCUGGUCUCGUCAUACUUGUUACAGCUCUCUGUCGUGUCUCGGAUCCGACCCCAAAGGAACCCUUCCUCAAGGUACUACGGCAAGUGCCGGUCAAAUUAGACGUGAUUGGUUUUAUUUUAUUCGCGCCGGCAUGCGCACUUUUCCUCAUCGCCAUCAGCUGGGGCGGAACUACGCAUGCUUGGAACUCUGGCGUCGUCAUUGGCUUCAUGUGCGCUUCUGUGAUACUUCUUGGCGUUCUCUACGCUUGGUUCCGGAAACUGCUCUAUAUCCCCCCAUGGGCUAUUGUGGGCAGUGCUCUGACCGCAAUCGGAUCAGGCCUUAUGGUUACGUUCAAUAAAGAUACAAGCCCAGCCAAAUGGAUAGGAUACCAGCUGAUGGCUGGACUUGGACGUGGUGCCGCCCUCAACAUGCCCAUCAUUGCAGCUCAGGAGGCACUCGCUCCGCCCGAGUUUGCCCUUGUUUCGGCCAGUAUCCCACUCUGCCAAUAUCUUGCGGGAUCUAUUUCAAUAGCUAUUGGAAACGCAAUAUUCCAGAAUAAACUCCCUGUCGCGAUAGCGAAAUAUGUUCCUGCCGUGAACGUAAGCAUCAUCGUGGAUGCUGGGGCGAGAGACCUGGCCAAGGUUGUUCUCUCAGAAGACCUACCUGGCGUCUUGACUGCUUAUAGCGAGGCCCUUGUAAAGGUUUUUUAUGUCCCAGCCUUGGCCGUAGCAUUGGCAGUACUCGCAAGUUUUGGGUUGGGUUGGGGUAAAUUGGGGUCUACUAGCCAGACAAAGGCCGAAAAAGAACCUGAGGAUCGGGGUGUCGGCGGAGCGACGACUGAUGAGGGCGACGCUUUCACGCGAUGA